AUGAAUCCACUCCGUGGCGUUUUCACCACGCUGUCCCGCGCCAUGUCAACCCGCAAGCCCUAUCUCUCCGAAAGAGAGCUACGUUCCCUCUCCCACCAACAGCUCCUUGCCUAUACCCUUACCCACGUCCCCAUCUCCGCCACAGCUCCUCCCAAGUCUUCACCACAACCUCCGGUCCCCCCAGAAUCUACAGAUACCACAGACACCCCAACCCCCAAGCGAAAGAAACGCCGGAAGGAGUUUGACAUGUCGCGCUACGGCCAGCGCCUGGUCGCCCUGCACCUCGUCUACAUCGGCUGGAACUUUCACGGCUUUUCCGCGCAGGCCGAUAGCAAAAACACUAUCGAGCACCACAUCUUCGCCGCCCUCACGAAGACACGUCUUAUCGAAUCCCGCGCCACAUGCGAAUACUCCCGCUCCGGCCGCACCGAUGUCGGCGUUUCGGCCUUAGGGCAAGUUAUCGGCAUCCGCUUGCGUUCCAACGUCGCCCCUCCGAGCACAGGGGAAAAAGAACUAGACUACAUCAAGAUUCUCAAUGGCAAUUUACCCCAGGGAAUACGCGUUCUCGCAUGGACUCCGGUCCCGGAUGGCUUGACCCCCGUGCCAAAGACAUAUGAUGGAGACCCGAGUCCUAUCGUUGGCUACUGGAAGGCCGUCAAGGAAGGCAAGCUUGAUAUUGAUCAAAGUAAUGUGCGCCGGCCUUCCCAAGCCUUCUCCGCGCGUUUUGACGCUACGCAUCGCUCGUACAAGUACUUUUUCGUGCGCGGCGGCCUGGACAUCAUGGCCAUGAAAACGGCCGCAAAGCACUUUGAAGGUACCCAUGACUUCCGCAACUUUUGUCGUAUCGACGAAAACAUCACCAAUUUUGAGCGCCAAAUGUACACCGUCGAUAUUCAUUCCGCAAAUGACCAAACGCCCAUCACACCUAGUGUCGCGGACAACCUCCGCGAAAACGAUAUGUGCUACAUUUUUGUUCAGGGGCAAGCCUUUUUGUGGCACCAGGUCCGUUGUAUGGCUGCAGUCUUGUUUGAUAUCGGUAUGCGGCGCGAAGACCCAGUACUUGUCAAGCGCAUGCUGGACGACGUCAAGAUGGGCACGGGGGCCUUUGCAAAUGGAAAGCCCCAGUAUCGCAUGGCGUCACCCACCCCGUUGCUAUUGUAUGCGUGUGCCUAUCCAGCGUCCGUUGUCGCAUUCCCGCAAUCAUUUGAGGCUGGACAGGCCCCAGGUCAUGCCAAGAAGAGCAAUAAUCAGGUCAUCCAGAGAAAUUCUUUCGCAAAAGCUGACGCUUCUCUAGCGCAAUCUUAUGCUUCAGUCGCCACAAAGGCGGCCGUUUUGGAGUCUAUGCUUGCGGAGAAUGACCGUUUUGUAUCAGCCGACGGUCAUAGUUCAACUUGGAACGAUUCAGGGAAACCAUUCAAGGCUUACCGAGCUGCAAGAAGUUUUGUGCUCGAUUUGAAGGUUGGGAAUCAUGUGCCUUACAGUCAACGGCCAUGUGAUGACUCUCUGUUCGUCAAGCAGCAAAGAGCCGCGAGAAAGAAAGAAGCCAAGCCAACAAACCACUGACCGCCACUCUCCUAACACCAUCAAUGCCACUUCUGCUACUCCACAGUAUAGAUUCAACGGAAGCCGCUACCCACGUGUCCACUUCGACAUCUGCUACUGACUCGCAAAUCUAUGGCAAGAGAUGCCGGACAAUCUGCAAACAACUUCCCACACGUUUAGAUAUUGUUGGUUUCUGCAGAACUAUAGAAAUCAGUCGGUUCAAGACAUAUCAGAACAAGGCUCGUAUAUCCCAAAUUGUCAAAUACCAUGACGAGGUUGAACCCUCUUGAUUUCCAUUUGCGUUCAUCAAAUCGAGAAACCCUCUUUACCACACCAAAUAGAGAUGGAAACCACAAACAUCUAUCUGAAAAUAUAUAUAUUAUCGAUGCACCUGAUCUCAGUGCUUUCCGACAGCGAUCGCGCGACCGGUUUUCGUAGCAUGCAAAGAAGAACAUCCUCAAAGCCGAUUCAUGCCUUGUUAAGCGUGAGAUUAAAAGCAAGGCUCUACAUGGUCUGACAAGAGUAUGAAUUCGAAAACGGUUAGGCUUGAAGUGUCUUGGUGCUGUGCGAGGACAAGUCAAAGACACUGACACUCACUGAGAGACUUUCAUUAGUCAGGACUCGGGGAUGCGUGCGUCUACUAAAACCUGUAAAGACACUGUAUAUGCUAUCGUACUAUAUUUGUGUGCAAAUGGCAUAUCGAAAGUGGGAUAGAAACCGUGCUUCAACAGAAGAACUCGGAAACUCUUACGGUUUAUCUAACAUCCUCUGAAAGCAUGCAUCACAGAGGAGCAUAUCUUUGCUUCCACCCUCCUAGAGGAAAAACUAAUUCCGGAUUGACCAAAAACGGGCUACACGGCAUCGUAGUUUCAAAAUAAAGUUUUUCGUUAAUGCUU